AUCGAUAAUGGAGCAAAACGGUGGUGAAACUCCAACACGUGGUACAAACGAUAGUUCACACGAAAUUUUGAUAGAGUUGCGAGGACUUAAAAGGGACCUUUCGUCAUUAAAAGACGAGGUACGUGAAAAUUCCGUCUCAGCAAGUGAUUUAAAAAAGUUGAAAACCGAAAAAGACAUUAAUUGGAGGUUUGAAGGAAACCGUUUGCAGUACGAAUUUAACUCGGCAAUUGACGAUAACUUGAAGCAGUUGGAUUGGUCUGUUAAAAAUAAUAAACUCGAAUAUGCUUCGGAACUGCUUUCUGAGGUACGUGAGAAGCUUCGUGUCCGGAACAAACACAUUCGCAUCGCCGACGGAAGUGAGGGCGGUUGGACGACCGUGCGUGAAUACGAGUCGCACCCUCUCGCAAGUGACACGGAAGAUGAAUCCCGUCUCACUAAAGCUGAAUCUCGAGCCAUCAAAAAGAGGAAGAACAAGUCCAUCAAGAAGAAGAAAUCCAAACCUGCUGUUGCUUAUGGUUAUUCUGAUAGCACUGGGUCUAGUAUAGUGCUUGGUUCACAGGUCACCGGAACCGGGCAUCCGUUUCUUCUACAGUCUACACAGCAGUACGGGGGGAAGCCUUAUUCCUUUCGAGGCUCCUACGGACCCUGUUUCGCUUGCGGAGAAGCCAACCACAUCAGACGAAAUUGUCCAUACACCAAUAGGAGCAGCCAACCUGAACUACCCGCUAGAAAGUGA